UUUCCUUGCCUUCUUUCGCUAGCUAGUGUUCACACGUGUAGUCAGAUUAUGUAGCUAACCCUUGAUCUCUAAAAUAUCCCUAUAGAAAGUUAUAGAUAUGUCUAAUAAAGGCUUAAUAAGCUGUAACAGCCGUGUCUCCAAAGAAGACCAGGAGUUUUAUGUUUUAAAAAAUAAAGCUGCUGAAUAUUUUAGGUCAAACGGUGUUCCACAGAAGAUAGAGUGUAUCCUGAACGACAUGUUCUUCGAUCAGCCUGAUGACAUUUACGGUUACCUGGCAAAUUACUUUUCUAAACUCUCAACACCACCUGUGAUAAGCAGAGUACUGGGGAGGGAAAUUUAUGAUGGAAAGGGGGAACUAUCUCUCCAGGCAGAAGUCCUCUGCAUUAUCAAAAAUGAAGAAAAGACAACAGGCUCUGCAGUGAUAUCAAGCCACAGUGAGGACUCAACUGAUCCAAGUGAUGGGAACAAUAUCAGCAAUGACAAGAGGAGGGAUUCUGUGAAUGUUGCUCUUCACUGGAUCCAUGAAUCACUGAGCACUAUCCUUAAAGGCUCUGAUCCUUGCAACCAGACAGCAGUGGAUCAAAUACUUUGUGAUUUCUUCAUGGCACGCUUCUUGGAGUACCAGGAUGUACGGAACAGAGAAACAGAGAAUCAGCCACCUGGUAUGCCUGUGCCGGAGCCAUCCCCUUCUGCUGCACACCCCAAAGAUAAGAAAGGUGGAGAUAAAGGCAAAAAAGGUAACAGCACAGAGAAGCCUGUCCCACGUCCAGAGCCGUCUGAGCCGGUCCUUCCCGGCAGCAUGGCUAUUGGUUCUGUGUCUUUGGCUGUAGCCAAGACUGGGGCUGUAUUGCAAGACGUCCCCCUGUAUAAGUACAUCACAGUUCUGAGGAACCAGCAGCCGUAUCCAAAAGAGAUACGUAUUCCUGUUCCCUUGGUUACUUUGUUAAGCUGUGGGAAGUUGUCCCCUGGAAAACUCAAUUUACUGGAGGAAGUAAUCGUCAUCCCAAAAGCUGGACAAAGACUGAAACAAGUAAUCACAAUGGUCCUUGAACUUCAAAAGGAAAUGACAAAAAUAAUUAACAGUGCUUCAAAAACAGGGCCCAUGCUGACAACAGUGUCUGACUCAGGAGCCUUAGUUGUUGGAUUUGAGCGUCCUGAGCAGCCUUUAGAUCUUAUUUCUGAAGCUUCUAACACCCUUGGAUUGGGACUUGGAGAGGAGAUCCAUUUGGCAUUAAACUGUGCUGCUCACAACCUAAUGGAUUAUCCAAAAGGAAAGUAUGACGUUAUUACAGGAAUCCCCAAGACACCAGAUGAACUUGUGGACAUGUACGAGGCUUUGAUUAGUAAAUACCCAGCAGUUGUAGCCUUAAUCGAUCCUCUGCGAAAAGAGGAUGUGGAGCAGUGGGAGAGACUCAGCAAUGCUGUAGGAGCCUCGUGCAGUCUGCUUUCUGACGUUUCAAAGCCCCAGGUGCAUGGCUCACAUGAAGAUCCCCCAUCUCUUCCAGGAGUCACGGGGUACAUCCUGAAUCAGACCAAUGCGUUCACUGUCACCGACCUCAUCCGUGUUGCCACAGAGCACAAAGGUGCAGUGAUCAUUGGAACGACUAGUGGCGAGCCCUGCAGUGACGACUCUCUCUCAGAUAUGGUCGUAGGACUGGGAGUUGGGUAUGUCAAACUGGGAGGUCUGGGUCGUGGAGAGCGGCUGACUAAAUACAACCGUCUGAUUUCUAUAGAGGAAGAAUUGGCCCAGCAGGGAAUACUGGAUUCAAGACAACAACACACAUCCCCUCUCUUUGUUGGGGGAACGGACAAGCAGUCAUCGACGUAAUCGACAAACCAUAAUGUCUUCAUUCCAAAAUGACAUUUUUUGUUCAUGUUUACUUUAAUGUAAUUACAAGACUUUUGACAAUUGAAUUGCGCUAGAUCAUACACCAUUAAAUGUUUUUCUAUUUAGCUUUUUUUAAAUCAUAAUUUCAGUCAAAUAGGUUUCUAAUACAGUUUCUGUACUUAAAAAAAAGAAUACAGAAUGGACAAAAAAAGGCCACAAAGUUAUCACAAUACUUUUGCAUUGCAAACACUGGAUUAAACUGAAAAUGGUAUGAACAUAUAUUCACAUCGACAUUGUUUUUAAAUAAACACAAACAGAUCUAAUAAAAAGUAAGACGCUGUGGUCACUAUGUCAUUAUAUUGAAUAAAC